CAAUGCGCACAAAGCCCUUCCUAUACCCUCUCUCUACUGUACUCAGAUACGUAACGUGCCUUUGUGCACCAUUACGACGCGACCCUAAUGGCCUUGUUGCAACUCUAGAAUUUAGCGCUAGUUCGGGAACAGGACAGCCGUGUUCACACACACAGCUCGUUUCCACAUGCGUCCGGGACUGACAAGUAUAGCGGUGGAGAUGCUGAGCGGUGCUACCUGCAGGGCCAGGCCGAGGCUCGGCAGCCUCCUGCUGGACCCCCUCACCAAAACAGUGCCGCUGAUGUCAAGCACGGGAAGCCGCAGAUUUCGGUCCACGUCCUCGAUGCAGGGGUUCUCAGAGAUGGCAAGAGAGCGGUCGAAGACUGUCACGUCGUUUUACAACCAGUCCGCAAUCGACGUUUCCGCAGAAAAGGCCUCAGUGCGACUGACCUUAGCAACCCUGCUGUAUUCUGGGAAGUCUCCCGAUGGACACCACGUCUUGAGCAGUGCCAAGUACCUACACAAAGAGCUGCCUGUACGAAUCUCCCAUCGCAUCAAGGGCUUCCGCAGUUUGCCCUUCAUCAUUGGCUGCAACCCCACCAUUCUGCAAGUGCAUGAACUGUACAUCAGAGCCUACCACAUGCUCAGUGACUUUCCCUCGAUCAAGGAUCAGGACGAGGAGGCACAUUUCUGUAAACUGGUGCAGCAGCUGCUGGACGACCACAAAGAUGUGGUCACCAUGCUGGCGCAGGGCUUCAGAGAGUGUCGCCGACACAUCCAGGAUGAGGCGAUCAUCCGCAGCUUCCUGGAUACAACAUUGUGCUCUCGUCUGGGAAUCCGGAUGUUGGCCACGCACCACCUCGCCCUCCACGAGGACAAUCCUGAUUUUGUUGGGAUGAUAUGCAGACGUCUCUCCCCGAAAAAGAUCGUCGAGAAGUGGGUGGACUUUGCCAGGCGCCUGUGUGAGCACCAGUACGGUAACUCGCCCAGAGUGAGGAUCAACGGACACGUAGCAGCUCGCUUCCCCUUCAUCCCUCUGCCUCUGGACUACAUCCUGCCCGAGCUCCUCAAGAAUGCCAUGAGGGCCACCAUGGAAAGCCAUCUGGACACCCCAUACAAUGUGCCCGAUGUGGUCGUCACCAUUGCCAAUAACGACAUUGAUUUUGUCAUCAGGAUUUCAGACCGUGGCGGCGGCAUUCCUCACAAUAUUAUAGACAAGGUGAUGGACUACCACUUCAGCACGGCUGAGGAGAGCGCACAGGAUCCCCGCAUGAGCAACUUCUUCAACAACAUUACCAAUAGUGGAAACCAGUCCAACCCUAUGCAUGGGUUUGGUUUCGGCUUGCCCACGUCCAGGGCCUACGCUGAGUACCUGGGCGGUUCUCUGUCCGUACAGUCUAUGCAGGGCAUCGGCACUGAUGUCUACCUUCGUCUGCGCCACAUUGACGGCAAAGGAGAGAGCUUCCGAGUGUAAAGCUUUGGCCAUCCUCUUGGAUCCCAACCUAGGGAAUCAGGCCACGCAGGAGUGCAGAGCGUUCCCUACCAGCUACGGCUGGCAUGGACUACAGGACUUUGGUCCACAAAGUGAUAGCCUACACGCAGUAUGUUGUCAGAAAGCUCCCAAAUUCACCAACCCACUACUUGUUUUUUGUUUUGUUUUUGCCUUUCUGAUUAUAAGCUAUGUUAGCUCUCAAGUUGAUGAUUAUAGUUGUUUUUUUUCUCUGUGUUUUGUACCCUGUGGCAUGUCGUCUUGAAGUUUUAACAGGAGUAUGAAUUUUUUAAUGUUUAGGUUAUCGGGACAAACUGUGCAUGAUAGCGGACAUUGACGUUAAUGUGGAAGGAAGGAAAGGAAGGAAGAGCUUCAGUUUUAAAGAAGUUCACUUUGAAGUUUCAUAGCCUCAAGAUAAGAACAGACAUUUUGAUGAUUCAAUGUUUCAAAUACAACGUCUGAGACACUCCAGCAAUCCUGUCAAAAUCUCCUCAAAGUGCACAAAGCUGCUCACGUUUCACGAUGAUUCAUGUAGUCUGAAUAACGGGAUCCUUCCGGUACAUUAUCAGCUGUUUGUAUCUAAAUCUAAGGUCUACAAGGGAAAACCGCAGUACACAAGUAUAACUUCAGUGCUAAAGCAUGUGCUGUAAAACCUCAAUUCUUGACAAACCAUAGUGAUAUUCUAAAAACCAUCUCUUGAGUACAGCUCAGAAAAAAAAAACACCUUCCGAAACACCAAAAGCUCAUUUAACAUCUUUGCUAAGCAGUAUUUUUAUGGAGCUUUCAGGCAGGGAAGCUAACCGAGUUGUUAAGUUGCCUUACUGUGUGACGCUAGUCUCCAACCGAAAAACCGCAUGCCGACUUUUCUCGUCUUCAUUUUGUUGCCUUUAUCGGUUCACACAGAUGUACCAUGUCAGUCAGCUUCAUUAGUUUGAUGUCAGAUGUUGUUGGUCUUUGCACAAUGAAUAGAAUGUUGUUGUUUUUUUUGUUUUUUUUUAGAAAGCGUGUCAGUUGUAUGUCAAGUUUGCUUUUCGAAAAAAGUUUUGUACAAGAAUACAUUUUAAGAUGGGUCAACGACAGGGUUUCUGCACUGUUAACUAUUGAAGUUCAGAUCGGCCAAGCCUGCUAGACUUUUUUUUUUUUUAGGUCCAUUUUCUCCAGAUCACAAACUUUUUUUUCUUCAUCUUAUGUCACCUGAAAUAUCUCAUCAUCUAUCCAAAAUCUGUCUCUCGACCUGAAAACUUACAAACGAGUACCACAAAAACAUCAGUUGUCUUGAGAAAAGUUGUGAUCUCAAAAUAAUGAACCUAACCUGUCUAGCAAACCCUGGCCUUUCUGAGUUUCCAGUUAGUUAUGUAAUACAGUACAGAGAAUAACCAAGAAGCCAAGUCCUGAAGUUUAGAAAUCUGCCCAAAUGAUUAACCAACUCAAGCACUCCUCACAUUUUGUUGAACAUUCCCCAGUGGGCACCAGUUGUGAAGCAACACAUCAACCUGAAUUUACACUUUGUAUCUGUUGGGAGCAUUUGAUAUUAUAUUCGCUUGUUUCGCAUUGUUGUUGUUUUUUUUUAUCAGAGAGGAAAUUGUGAAUCUUGAGCUGUAAUUAACAAGAUGAUAAAUCUAUGAACUUUGGAAUCCAUAAUAAGUUAGUAUUCAAAGCAGUUUAUUUCCUUUUUACAGCUUUUGAUUUUGGACUGAUUUGAGCUUUAGAAUCAAAUACAUUGUGUAAACUACAUAAUGGAGAAAAUGGCACUGUUUUUUGUCUUUGAAAAUCUAUCCAAAGUAUAAGAUUCGGAACUUCUUAAUCUUACAAAUUCAGUAACUGGCUCACUUGAAUUUGCCCUCACAAACAAAAUGCAAAAUUAGUUUACAUAUACUUGUUCCUCGAAGCUUGUGAGACAUUAUGAAAACAUAAGUGAACCAGUUAUUUCAGUCGUACGAUAUAUUAAACCUGCAAAAAUUAAAUUUGUGAAAGGCUCGUAUUUAUUUUGACAUUGCAUGAAACAAAAAUUGCCCCGUAUAAUUCACAGUUCCACAGUGACGGAGAAUGGCCUGUAUUAUCUGUACUUGUGUUCUUGCUGAGGAGUUUCUUCGAUUCCAAAAAUGUUACUGGUAAAAUGUUGAAAGUGGCUUGAAAAUUCUGGAUCUGGCAGCCAGGCUGUAGAAUGAAAUGUGUACUGUCUGCCCUCUGCUGGCUUAUGAAGAGAAAUGCAUUAUUUUAGUUUUUGAAGGGGAACAAGAUGUACAACAUACACGGUCAUUUCUAUUUUCCAUGUGUCUGAUUUUGUAAUUUUUGCAGAUCAAAAUGAGAAUAAACAAACAAAAAAAUCAUUUCAACAUCAUCUCCAGUACAAAGCCAAAUAUUGGAGUUAUGUUACUGACUAUGUGCUGCCAUGGAGUGUUUUGUCUCCUAGACUGAUUAGUUUUCUUUUGUGUUCAGGACUCUUUAGACAUUAAAUUUGACUUGGUUGGAAAU